UUUACGUUUCCGUUGAUCUCCAAAAAGUGAUCAUGCUUCCACUGAUAGAUGGCUUCAAAAGAGUUAUCUUCAGUAAAAGGCUCAUUGCCUAUAAUGAAAGUUUUGUUGCUCUUGGCAGUACAAAGAAAUUACCACCUUUUGCAGUCCUGUGGAAUGAAUCGAUUUCCAGACGUAAUAAGGAGGACAUAAUUAGCGCUUUUUUGCUUUUAUGCUAAGCUAAAUAGAUGUCAAUUGCUUCGUGUUUUGGUUGGAUAAUUGUUCGAGCCAGAACAAGAACUGGUGCUUCCUGACGUUUUUGGUUAGAAUGAUAAAUUCUGCAGAGAUAUCAGCCAGUGAAAUUGUGGUGAACUACUUUGAGCCCGGUCAUAGUUUCAUGGCCGCUGAUAGCUCUUACCACCAAAUAGAAUUCUCAUUAAGAAGACAAGGAAGAAUAUAUGACUUUGAUGAUUUUGUCAAAGCGGUUAGUAAAUGCAGAAUAAAAAACAAAUUUCAAGUUAAAAUUAUGAAUUUUAUUGAUUUUUAUCUAUGGAAAGAUUUAAUAUCUCACCAAAAAGUAAAACGCGACAGCAACCGACCUCUUCUGGCAAAUAUAAAACAGCUAAAAGCAAGCCGUGGAUCAUUUUUCCUGAAAUACAAAAACUCGUUUGAUUCAAACGAAGAAUUCAAGACAUUAGAUUUCUUGUGUAAAAAAGCAAUGAAAAAAUCUGGCUUAUUCAUCCCAAUAGCCUGUCUUUCUGAACCACGAGGCUUUCCCAAAAGUAAGAAAGAGAACCUAGUUAAGUUGUUAAAUGGUAUCAUUCCAGCAAGCAGGCAAAUAUUUUGGGAAAAUCUACCCGAAUGCGAAGAUCAAUGAAUAUUAUUU